CCAUGGCUACGCUCACUCGGAACCCGCAGUUCCAGAAGCUGCAGCAAUGGCACCGUGAGCACGGGUCCGAGCUCAGCCUGCGCCGCCUUUUCGAUUCUGACAAGGAGCGCUUCAGCCGUUUCAGCUUGACCCUUAACACCAACCAUGGGCAGAUUCUGCUGGAUUACUCCAAGAACCUUGUGACGGAGGAUGUGAUGCAGAUGCUGGUAGAUCUGGCCAAGUCUAGGGGUGUGGAGGCUGCCCGAGAGCGCAUGUUUAAUGGCGAGAAGAUCAACUUCACUGAGGGCCGGGCAGUGCUGCAUGUGGCUUUGCGGAACCGGUCAAAUACACCCAUUCUGGUGGAUGGCAAGGAUGUGAUGUUAGAAGUCAACAGGGUACUGGACAAGAUGAAGUCUUUCUGCCAGCGUGUCCGAGGUGGUGACUGGAAGGGUUACACAGGCAAGCCCAUUACAGACGUCAUCAACAUAGGCAUUGGUGGCUCUGACCUGGGACCCCUCAUGGUAACUGAAGCCCUUAAGCCAUAUUCUUCAGGUGGUCCCCGUGUCUGGUUUGUCUCCAACAUUGAUGGGACCCACAUCGCCAAAACCUUGGCCUCCCUGAACCCUGAGUCCUCCCUGUUCAUCAUUGCCUCCAAGACCUUCACCACCCAGGAAACCAUCACAAAUGCAGAGACAGCGAAGGAAUGGUUCCUCAUGUCAGCAAAGGAUCCUUCUGCAGUCGCGAAGCACUUCGUUGCUCUGUCUACCAACACGACCAAAGUGAAGGAGUUUGGAAUUGACCCUCAAAACAUGUUUGAGUUCUGGGAUUGGGUAGGAGGACGGUACUCGCUGUGGUCAGCCAUCGGACUCUCCAUUGCCCUGCACGUGGGUUUUGACAACUUUGAGCAGCUGCUCUCGGGGGCUCACUGGAUGGACCAGCACUUCCGUACUACACCCCUGGAGAAGAACGCCCCCAUCCUGCUGGCUCUGCUGGGUAUCUGGUACAUCAACUUCUUUGGGUGUGAGACCCAGGCCAUGCUGCCCUACGACCAGUACAUGCACCGCUUUGCUGCCUACUUCCAGCAGGGUGAUAUGGAGUCCAAUGGAAAGUACAUCACCAAGUCUGGCACCCGUGUGGACCACCAGACAGGCCCCAUCUUGUGGGGGGAGCCAGGGACCAAUGGCCAGCAUGCCUUCUACCAGCUCAUCCACCAAGGCACCAGGAUGAUACCCUGUGACUUCCUCAUCCCAGUUCAGACCCAGCACCCAAUACGAAAGGGAUUGCAUCAUAAGAUCCUUCUGGCCAACUUUCUAGCCCAGACUGAGGCCCUAAUGAAGGGGAAAACAGUGGAAGAGGCCCGGAAGGAGCUCCAGGCUGCAGGAAAGGGUGCGGAGGACAUUGAAAAGCUGUUGCCACACAAGGUCUUUGAAGGAAAUCGCCCAACCAAUUCCAUUGUCUUCACCAAGCUCACACCAUUCAUUCUUGGAUCCUUGAUCGCCAUGUAUGAGCACAAGAUCUUCAUUCAGGGCAUCAUCUGGGACAUCAAUAGCUUUGACCAGUGGGGAGUGGAGCUGGGGAAGCAGCUGGCUAAGAAAAUUGAGCCUGAGCUUGAUGGCAGCACCCCAGUGACCUCUCAUGAUUCUUCCACCAAUGGGCUGAUCAACUUUAUCAAGCAACAGCAAGCGUGAGGCCAGAAGCCAAUAAACUCAUGCUCAGCAGCAGCCCCAAUUGUGACUAGUCCUUCUUGUCCCUCCUGUCAGAGUCUGCACUGCAUGGUCCUGCCCCACCCUGUCCAGAGCACCCAUGGGUAGUGGGUUUGGACCACAAGUCCCUUUGGAGAAGCUGGUCUGCAGUCAUCACACACCUCUCUCUCCAUGCCCACCAGUCCUCUGUUUUGCAAUUUACUGGAACAUUUCAGUGCAGCUGAUUUUUCUGACCCAUAUUCACGUUGUUCACAUCCCAGGUAGAAAAAUAAAAAUACCACAAAGGAGGUUAUGGGUUCAGCGUCUUACUUUUUACUGAGAUGGUGCUUUAUGCAGGAG